UUUCUGCACGAUCAAUGGGGUUGUUGAGGUAACUUUUGGGGCGGACGAAUUCGGGUUCCUUGACGGCAAAUUCUCGGAAAAUCCCAAAAAUUUAAAAGUUCAAAAUCUAACAGACGUGACAAACAAUGAAUUUUUACCUUCACCAAGCUGGUCUUGUUGGUGUAGAGCUUCAAAGAAUUUCCUAAACGUAUAAAGCGGGCGGCCAUUUUUCCCGAUGAAAAUCUGCGAAGGGUCGAACAAUUGACGAUCGGCGGCCGGCCUGCUCGCGGCGCCAAAGUUGACCGCGAAAUUCUUCCGCAGUCGGCCGCGUGGCCUCUGUCGUUCACACGCUUUUCAUCGAUUUUCGCCAAUGAAACUCUCCGUCUCGCGGUAUGUGACGUUAAUCACGGUGCAGAGCAUGCUGCUCGUGCUUGACAUGUGCAUAAAUGCAUUCUCCGACCUGACUCUGACCGACACAAUCGUGGCCCUGGUCGUUUUCAUAUUGCAGGAUAUGGCCCUGGUUUUUGCAAUUAUUCUAAUUUUUCUCAGCUUUUUUUCCACAUUCCUCUUUCAGGCUGGUUUGUUGUCUGACGUUACAAAGGAGUUUGGUUCAAGCAUUUUCAUCUCAACCUUGUACCUGAUACUGAGCGUCGCACUGCACUGGGUAACCCUUCAAGAGUCUACCAGCUCUGAUGACUGGUCUGAAGAAGAACCUCUCUCGAGGAGUUUGAUCACAGUUGACCAACGAUGGCCCUCGGCAAGACUUCCUCUUUAUGCCACGCACAGAUUUUGUUCAGUAAUUUAUUACUACUCUUACAAAUCUACAAUGCUGAGAAUCGCCAACUCAAAAUACUACAAUGACACAAUUUGGAUAAAGAGAUCAAAUGCUAUCGGAGAUGCCACCGUAUCCACUGCUGUGGAAAACGGCCAAGAGGCCAUAGAACUGAAAUAAAUACCACAUUUUUAAAUCUAAAAAUAAUACAAUAAUAAAAUAAUGAUUGUAAAAUUAAUAUUAAUCACAAUUUUAAAAUAAUCAGACUCUUGAUCAUAUUUUAGAUUUUUAGUAUUUUUACAACAAAAUUUUAUGUCAGUA